ACAAUUCGCAGCAUCGUAUGGUGAUAUUCCGGAUCGGCGCUUUGCAACUUAAAUUUAGACAAAAUGCGUCACCUCUAUUUAUGUAUCGCGUUUACUGCUGUUUGUCUAACACUCGUUGGAAGUGAAAGUUAUUACUCGUUGACUGCACCCGGAGUCAUCCAAUCAAAUAGGAAAUACAUGGUGGUUGUAUCUCUUCACGAGGCAACUGAACCUGCAAAAAUAAACAUAAAAAUUCAAGGCCCAUAUUAUCACUUGGAAUCUGAUGUUUAUCUAAAACCAUAUGAAACACAAGCUAUUGUUUUUGUACCACAAAAACUAGUGAGCGGUGUUCACAAGCUGAUUGUUGAAGGAAUGAGUGGAGUUAUUUUCCGGAAUGAAAGCAUGCUUAUUUCGAUACCAGAUGCUGGUCCGAAAAUUUAUAUCCAAACCGACAAGGCAGUAUUUAAGCCCGGCGAUGAAGUUAAGUUUCGAGUCAUAAUUUUAGAUGAACAUACGCGGCCUCUGAAGGUAGCAGAACCGAUACGAAUUGAUAUUUUGGACGACAAACGCAAUCGAGUGAAACAAUUCAAGGACAUCUCACUGGUAAAAGGUGUCUACAAAAAUAAAUUUCAACUCUCCGAAUAUCCAGUGAUGGGCACGUGGAAAAUUUCUGUUUCUAUCAGAGGAAAAUAUGAUUUUGCUGCAUCGAAAACCAUAAAAGUACAAAAAUAUAUUUUGCCUAAAUUUAGUUUGUACGUCGACACUGAUCGAGUUUGUUUGAAAAGUAAUUGUCAUAUAAAAGCAGUGGUCUAUGGAAAAUAUACAUUUGAAAAAUAUGUGGAGGGUGAAUUAACCGUAAAAUUUACUGGGCUGAAUCGUGGAGGCGACAAAUUAAUCCAGGAAAAACAUAUGUAUAUCAAUGGUAUACUUACCUUAGAUUACCACUUUGAUGAAAAAGAUUUAGAGGGUUGCUAUGGCAUGCACUUAUACGCGGAAUUAAGAGAAAAACAUACGGGCGAGAUGCAGUCAAAUAAAGAAUAUAUACAUCUGGAAAUGAAUAACCAUCAAAUUUAUGUGGAUGAUAAAGAAAUAGAAUUUAAAAAUGGCCGACCAUUUCGCUUAAAGGUCCAUGUGAAUCAUUGGAAUGGCUGGCCAGUUGAAGAUGCAACAAAACCUGUCGUUAUGACAUAUGGAUCCAAGAAAUACACUUCUCAGCUUAAUGGUGGAGGGGUAGCGAUCUUCGAGUUUGAACAGCAGGUCAAUGAAGAUCAAGUCUUUCAGUACGAGGAUACCUCAUAUACCCUGCAUGGUGUGUUGUCAGAUGCUACUCUGGGCAAGAAGAAAACCGAGUCAUAUUUCCGAUUAACUAUAAAGGGGGAUAGACCGCGUUUUGGAACUGAUGUGGAAAUUGAAGUUGCCUCCACGAUGGAGAUGCCGUAUUUGAUCUAUGUUAUUAUGGCACAUUCCAAUAUUAUCCAUGCAGAUCAUAUUACAUUAGGGCCUAAUAAAAAGGUCUACACCAUACGCAUAACACCAACCAUAGAAAUGGUCCCCCAUUCAUUUGUAUACGUCUACUAUGUACAAAACGGAAUAUUGCGCUACGAGGAAAUACAAAUCACCUUACCCCUGGAAUUUGAGAAUAAAAUUAGUCUCAUAGCCCCAAAAACGGUGAAGCCUGGUGAUAACGUCACGCUUCAACUGAAUGCUCAGCCGCAAUCUCUUGUAGGAAUUUUGGCUGUUGAUUUAGGCGUAUAUUUAUUGGAUAAUUCGUACGAUCUUCAAAGGGAAACGAUUCUUAGUUCGUUGGAAAGCGACCGCUCAAGUAUACCUUUAUCUGCCUUGGUUUAUCCAGGUCUCUUGUCCGGCAUCGUUACCCUUACAAAUGCGCACUACAUAUUCGAGCCUUUAGGUCAGUUUUCUGUCUUAGGCCCAUUUGCACCUGCCUUAUUGCGUUUCCGUAAAAAGUUUCCGGAAACUUGGAUAUUCCAAAAUUAUGAAAUCACAAACCAAAUCACCAAUUUGACUUUGGAAAUUCCCGAUACGGUUACCUCAUGGCGUAUAACUGCUUUUUCGGUGAAUGAGAAAAGCGGAUUUGGUAUUGUUGAUGGUCCCACAGACAUCACUACCAUACAGCCAUUUUUCAUCAGUUUAAAUCUUCCAUAUUCAAUAAAGCGUGGUGAGAUUGUUGCCAUACCGGUUUUGGUGCAUAAUUACCAAAACCAAACUCUGGACACCGAAUUGAAGCUCUUCAAUGAGGCACAACAAUUCUAUUUUAUGGAAUCAAAUAUCCUUGACGUCGAGAGGGGUUCCGACGAUCGGGAACGCAUUAAACGUCUUGCGGUACCGCCGCAAAACAUUGCGAGUUCUUCUUUUCUUAUUAAUCCCAAAGAAGUAGGAGAGAUAACUCUACGCCUAACCGCAACCAAUGCUAUUUCAUCCGAUGCCAUUAUACACAAACUAAGUGUUGAGCCCGAAGGAGUGGCCAAUCAUCGCAACAAGGCUCUGUAUAUCAGCGUACAACCGCCUGAAACAUUUAAGGUAACACUCCCCUUAAAUAUUCCCCAGGAUGUUGUACCCAACUCGGAAUUUAUCUCUCUCUCGUUGGGCGGUGACAAUAUGGUGCCUACUCUGAAAAAUUUAAAUAAAUUAGUGCGCUUGCCCACCGGCUGCGGCGAGCAAAAUAUGGUGAAUUUGGCUCCCAACAUUUUGGUCUUACAAUAUCUCAAGGCAAAUGGCCAAUAUUUUAUGCAGAAAGAUCUAGUCACUAAAGCCAAAAAAUUCAUAGAGGUUGGCUAUCAACAAGAAUUGUCAUUUCGCCACAGCAAUGGUGCUUACAGUGUCUUUGGCGAAGAAACUGAUAAGGAAGCCAGUACUUGGCUUACUGCCUACGUUAUACGAUUUUUUAUGAAGGCCGCCAAAUAUACGACACUUGACACCGAAAUCGUGGAAAGUGGUUUGUCUUAUUUGUCCAGCAAACAAUUACCAGAUGGCAGUUUCCCCUAUACCGGCUAUCUAUUCGAACCAGCUCAACAGAAUCGAUUUGGCUUUACGGCGUUUGUACUAAUGGCGUUUUUGGAGGAACAGAAAUAUUCACAGAAAUAUCAAACUACCAUUGACAAUGGUAUGAAAUUUCUUAACACCAAUCUGGACAAUACCAAUGAUGUGUAUGCCCUUUCUAUUAUGGCGGUGGCAAUGAAAAUGGCCAAACAUCCAAAUUCUCCGAAAGUUAUGGAAAAAUUAAUGGCCAGCAAACAGACUGCAAUGGACUACAUUUGGUGGUCACAAGCUGAUGGUAAGCAAGCUAAGGACGUUGAAAUAACUGCGUAUGUCUUGAUGGCUCUUUUGGAGCAAAGUGAUGUUGAACCCAAAAUUAUUCAAAGUACCGUCAAAUGGCUGGUUGAACAGCGCAAUGAUCGUGGUGGUUUUAAGUCCACACAUGACACUGUUGUGGGUCUGCAGGCGUUGGUGAAGUACUCUAUGAGCUUUAAUUCCGUUAAUGAUUUGAAUUUGCACUUGCAAUACUCCGCUAAGAACAAUAUGAGCCAAAUUCUAAAAACGGGCUCUUUAAGUGUGGAUGCGAACAAUUUUUUGGUUUUACAAACUGAAGAGUUGCCUAGAUCAACUCGUUCCAUAGAAAUUGAAACUAGCGGCAAGGGAAAUUCACUGCUGCAACUUGCUUAUCAUUUUCACACAACCGACGAGCACAGUUUUAAGCAUUUCCAUAUACAGCCCAAACCGAAGAUGUUGAACGACAACGAAAUGCUUUUGGAAGUAUGUGUCAAAUACCUACAAAAUGAUACCAUGCCUCAAAGCUCCGCCACCAACAUGGUCAUAAUGGAAAUUAAUCUACCUUCGGGUUAUACAUCAUCCGAUGAGUAUGGCCAGGAAUUGCUGGCAAACGAAAUCAUUCAGAAAAUUGAGACGAAGAAUUCGGACACAACCACUGUUAUCUACUUUGAAAAACUCAUAUCCAAUGUCAACAACUGUCUGCAGUUAUUGGCAGACAAAAUCAAUGAUAUAAUCAAUAGUAAGCCUUCUGCUAUAGCAGUAUAUGACUAUUACGAUAUAAGUCGCCAUGACACCGCAUUUUACAGCAUAUGAAGAUGGAGAAAAAAAAAUUAUCAUUGUUAGCAUAUUUAAAGAAAAUGCAAAUAAAUAUAACUUUUAUACCCACCACAAUAGGAUGGGAGUAUACUAAUCUA